AUGGAAAACAAUACAUUGGAUUUUCUGGAAAGUAAUUCAACAUCUAAUGCUACAUCCAUUUAUUAUAUCAACAAAGAUCUUAAAAUGACUCAGAAUAUGAUUGCGAUAGUUUCCCUAAUAAUUAUAAUGAUUGCUAUGGGUGCAGAAAUCACUCGGAAUCAGAUUUAUAAAGAAAUCCGAAAACCCGUUGGUCCAGCUAUUGGACUCUUUUGCCAAUUUGUUAUAAUGCCAUUGAUUGGAUUUAUUUAUAACGUUAUAUUUCAAUUCGAAUCGAGUCUAGCGACUGGUUUGCUUAUUAUAUCAUGUUGCCCCGGAGGUGCUGUUUCUAACGUCUUUACAUAUUAUUUGGAUGGCGAUGUUUCCCUGAGUGUGACUAUGACUACAAUAUCUAUCGUAGCAUCCCUAGGCUUGAUGCCUUUGAACCUUUGGAUAUAUGCAAGUAAUACAGAAGCUAAGAACUUAAAAAUACCUUAUAAAAAUAUUGCAUUAUCACUAUUAAUGAUUGUUCCUCCCUUGAUUUUGGGUAUGAUAAUAAAAUGGAAAGCUCCUAAAGUAUCUUCUUAUAUAACUAAGGUAUAAAACAUGAUUUCCUAAAUGGUUAAGGCGUUAAUUUUAAUCAUUUAUAUUAUAUUAUAUGGAGAUUUUUUCUCUCAACACAUGUUUAGUAUAGUAUCGUGGAACGUUAUUAUAACCUCUUUAUUAUCUCCCAUAACUGGAAUUAUAACUGGAUAUGUCAUAGCUUUCGUCAGUAGAAACUCCAAAGCAGCCUGCACUGCAAUAGCUAUUGAGAGCGGGAUUCAGAAUUUUACUGUUGCAUUCGGCAUUAUUGUUUUAUCCUUUGAUACCUCCGUAUGUAUGUCUUUGAUUUAUAUUGUAGAUUGUAAGAUUCUGAUUUUUUGUUAUUAAAAGGGACUUACACUUAGAAACAAACAUCAAUUAUGCUGUUUCCAUUCUUUUAUGGGCUAUUUCAAGGAGUAUUCUGUUGUCUUCUCUCCCUAAUUUUCUGUUUUAUAAAGGGUAAUUUGAACAAAAUUCGAAUGCAAGAUAAUGACGUCGACGAUUCACAAAAUACAGCUGAAAGAUCAGUUUUAUUCUCGUCUGAAGAUUCGACACAACCGAAAGUCGACAUAAAAUAAAAGAAUCAUUCUAUGGAAGUUCCAGAUUAAGAACAUUACGAGUCGUAGACAAAGCUUGGAAUGCGGACUUUUAAGAAAUAAUUAAUAAUUUUAUUUUUUACAUUUAUUAUGAACAAUUUUAGUCUAAUUUAAUGUCACUAUGUUAGAUUAGUUCAUUGUACACUUUAAAUUUGUAUACUUUUA